AUGUCUCAUCAUGAGCCACUGAAGGCUCUGGGGCCAAUUGACUGGACAGCAGUCACGGGCGACGACAUCAAGCACUUCCUGAACACGACCUUCCUCCACGCCCAGACUGUUGUCGACAGCAUACCCGCAGCGACCAAGCCCCAGCAAAUCGGCCGCGCGAGGAGCCACACCGACAGCUCCGUCGUCUUCGACCCUACCUCCCGCCACCACACCAACACUUCGGCAAGUGCGGAUGCUUCAACAGCGGCCGCCGCCGCCCAUGCGGCACAGCUGCAGAAGGAGUGGAAGGAGGUCAAGAUUCCCCCACGCGACAACCCCUACAACAUGAGCGUCUACAAGCUCGCCGGGAAGGACGGCCGCGGCGCCUGGUUCGCUAGGCGGAGCCUGCACGAGGGCAUAUCAUUUGACAAGUUCAGGCUGGGGCUGGAGACCGAGUUUGGACAUACCUUGCAGCACGCCACGGGCCCAGGCACGGGCAACGUCAGGGGCAUUGGUGCAGAGAGGAAGGCCGAGCAUCUGGAAUGUGACGGGGUGGGCCAGGCUGACGUGUGGCUGUUGAACGCUCAAUUUCCGGGGCCAACAACGCCGAGGGACUUUGUCACGCUCUUCCUGACCGGUACCAGCGGCGGUGACGACAAAAACAAGAGCAAGGGGCCGAGGCAGUUUAUGAUCGUGUCGAAGCCCUGCAACCACCCCCAAUGUGCGCCCCGGUCGGCGUACAUCAGGGGUAAUUACGAGAGCGUGGAGCUGAUCAGGGAGAUCCCUAUCGAGAAGCCACUGCGGCGGGUCAGGUCUUCAGUUGACAUGAGACGGGAGGACAUCCAGCUGCCGAGCCGGAAAACGGGUGGUGACAUGGACAUUGGCCAGGAGGCAGUCCUGCGUGCAGCCCAGAAACGAGCUGAGGCCAAGUCGGACGCUGGCCCUGGUGGUGAGAGAGGCCUGUCGCGAUCACUCACCGGUCUGCCGCCCCGUGACCGUAACGAGGAUUCGGAAGCCGGCAAGCCUGGCGAGGACACGGAAAUGGCAAUCGAGUGGGUCAUGGUGACUCGAUCUGACCCUGGAGGUAGCGUGCCAAGAUUCAUGGUCGAGAAAGGCACCCCUGGUGGUAUAGUGACAGACGCUGGGAAAUUCCUCAAGUGGCUGGACACGAGGACAGAACAGAAUCUCGAGGACUCUCGCGCUGAAAUCCCCGAGGAUGAAUCUCCAAAGAACAGUGUGGGUGAGACGACGACACCUAGACAGCACCAACCUUCUGCCAGUGUAUCAAGACCGGCACAGCAACCCUCCCAAGCCGCAGCGGAGGAAGAUGUACAACCAAGUGGUUUCUACAACAUGAUUGCUGGGGCUAUAGGCGCUGCAUCAUCUAUUGUGACGUCGCGGCUACCGGGUGUCGCCCACUCGACAUCAGAGCUCGAUUCCGACCUCCAAGACAGCGACUCGGACUCGGAUGAAUCAGAGCGUAGUUUCGCCUCUGCACAGGAGCCCGAUGCCGAGACACCCUUGGCCAAAGUCCCCUCGGGAGGGGAUCGUAGCUUAGGAGGAGGCGACAUGGCGUCCAUGCAUUCCUCCAAGAGUGACGAAUCGUCCACCAAGGCCGCAGUGUCGCAACACGAGAAGCACCUCAGGAAGCUGCAGGAUCGGCACAGGAAACUCGCGGAGAAGAUGGCGCGCCAGCAGGAGCGGGCCUCACAGGGCAAGUCGAAUCAGGGCGACGACGGACUAGCUAAGCUUAAGGAGAAGCACGAAAAGGAGAUUGCCCGGCAGGAGGAAAACUACAGGAAGGAAGUGAAGAAGAUGGAGGAGAAGAAGCUGAAGGAAGAGAGGAAGGCCGAAGAGAGGAGAAAGAAGCAGCAGGAGAAGGACGAGCGGGCGAACGCCGCCAUGCAGCUCGAAAAGGUCAAGGUAGAGAGGGACAUGGCGCUCAAGCAGAUCGACAUCCUUAAGGAGCAGGUGGGCCAGCUACAGGCGCAGAACACGAAGCUCGUUGCGCAGCUGGGCAAGCUGGGCGGCGUGGCGAGUACGACUGAUUUAGCCUUCAACGGGACGGCACCACUGGAGGACGGCAAGCUGUCACAGGCCUCGUCGCGGUCGAAAUGA